GUCGUGGCGCUUUCUGCGGCGCUUCCGAUGUUUCUGAACUUGACCGAACUUUACCUUGGCUCCAGUUUCCUUGGGGACGCAGAGGCACAGCUGGCCGACGCCGUCGCAAGUCUCCCCAGGCUUCAAGUGCUGACCGUCUCACAGACGGCCUGCGACUGUACAUCUUCAGGGGCGUUCCUCCUGAAGGCCAUCGCCAAGACUCGGCUGCAGAGGCUUUGUUUGGAAGACGUCGGACUGCACAAGGAAGGCUAUGUUGCUUUGGCCAGCAGCCUGCAGCAGCAUCCCAGCUUGGAGCGCCUGGACCUGAGUAACUCUGCAAGAGGAGCCGAGAACUGCAGGAGGUCCUCCAUGAACUCGCUAUGCGAAGAGGGAGCACAAGCACUUGCGGCCGCGUUGCGGCAGAAUCAGACACUGCGUGCUCUGCAUCUUCGGUCCUGCUUGGAGGACUGUGCCGCCCGGUACAUCAUCAGCGCUUCAUGCUCCAACUCGUCUUUGACGGAAGUGGACCUGUCCGCGAACAAG